AUGGGUAUCACUCAACAAGUUAAAUUUGGCAAUACAGGCCUAAAAAUCUCGCCAAUUAUUGUUGGAUGCAUGAGUUAUGGUAGUAAAGAUUGGCAUCCCUGGAUUAUUGAGGAUAAAAAUGAAGUUUUCAAGAUUUUAAAAACUGCAUAUGAUUCAGGGUUACGUACAUUUGAUACGGCAGAUGGUUAUAGUAACGGUCAAAGUGAAAUAUUAUUAGGAGAAUUUUUAAAAGAAUAUGAGAUUCCAAGGGAAACAGUAAUUAUUAUGACAAAAGUAUGGGCACCUGUUGAUAGUUCUCUUGAAGGAUUUCAAAGAACUGGCCCAAUGAAUGAAGAUCAAAAAGUCCAUUUUGCUAAUCAACAAGGGUUAUCAAGAAAGCAUAUUAUUGAAGCUUGCAAAAACUCUGUAAGAAGAUUAGGAACUUAUAUCGAUGUUUACCAGAUACAUAGAGCAGACCAAGAUACACCAAUGGAGGAAACGAUGAGGGCUUUGAACGAUGUUGUUCAGCAAGGGCUAACUAGAUACAUUGGAGCUUCUUCCAUGCUAGGUACCGAAUUUGCAGAAUAUCAAUUUAUUGCUGAGAAAAAUGGCUGGUCUAAAUUUGUUAAUAUGCAAGAUUGUUAUAACUUAUUAUAUAGAGAAGAAGAGAGAGAAAUGAUUCCAUAUAUUAAGAAGCACGGUAUUGCUCAAACACCAUGGUCACCAUUACAAAGAGGUUUAUUAUCCAGACCUGUUGAAGUUUCUUCAUAUAGAGAGGAUAACGACAGAGUUUUGAAAGGCCGAAGACUAAAUCAAUACGAAGAUUUUGAGAUUGAAAUUAUUAAUCGUGUUGAACAAGUUGCAGUAAAAAAAGGUAUUACGAUGGCUGAAGUUGCUACCGCUUGGCUACUAAGUAAAGGUACUUUCCCCAUCUUGGGCUUAAAUUCUGUCCAAAGAGUCAAAGAGGCAAUCAAAGCUUUAGACGUUACUCUAACAGAAGAAGAAUGUAAGUACUUGGAAGAACCAUACCGACCUAAGGCUUUAAUUCAGUAA